UAAUGGCAAAAAAGCUCUAUAAAUAGUCUCUCAUAAGAAGAGGAAAAGACAUCCGAGUCAACACACAAAAUUUUAUAUAUUGCACCUUUCAAUUCCUAGUCUAGGAUUUAUUUUCUAGCAUUUUAGAUUAUUCAAGUUCUUCAUUUUCCUAGUGUAACUAUGUAAGCUUACUUUCUUGCAAUGAACUUUCAGUUUGUCUUUAAAUUCAAGUUUAAUUCAAUCUUUAUUGCUUUAAUCUAUUUUAUCGUAUUUACAUUAUUGUCAUUUUGUUUCUUGCAUUUACAAACUUAUCACCAAAAUCCCAAAAUUAGUCAUACAAAGUUCAAAUCAUGGAUCGUUUGGUAUAUGAGGCGGCAACAUCCGGCGAUGUGGGUUUGUUCAGAAGGAUUCAAGAUGGUGAUGAAUUACCAGAUGUUCUUUAUAAGAAAACACCCAAAGACAACAAUGUUCUUCACAUUGCAGCUGAAUUCAAGCAAAUAAAAUUCUUCAAUGACAUCCCACUUGAAUAUGGAUCUUCACUGUUUUGGGCCACCAACAAGAAGGGUGACACUCCACUGCACGUUGCUGCCAAAGUAGGAUGUGUUGAAGUAGUUGAGUUCCUCAUUGAACAUGCAAGGAAAUCGCUUCAUCACAUGGAAAGAGGUGACGAGGAGAGAGGACCAGCUGAUGGUGAAUCUCAAAACAAGUUACUCCAAGUGAAAAACUCGGAUAACGACACAACGUUGCAUCUUGCUGUUCGAUACAAUCACGAUGAAGUUGCGAUUCGGUUAAUGGAAGCCGAUCCUCAAUUGUGUUGUUUCACUAAUAAGGCAAAUGAGUCGCCCUUGUUCCUAGCUGUUAGAAAAGGCACUCCAAGCAUUGUUCAUUGUAUUUUGAAGGCGUACGAGUCUGGCGUUUCUCCUUCUUUUCAGGGGACAAACGGAUUGACAGCUUUGCAUGCCGCAGUGACUCAGGAACAACUCAAAGACAAAGACGUUGUGGAGAUUCUGGUGUCCAAAAAUCGAGACCUAAUCAAAGAAGUUGAUGCUAUUGGAUGGACUCCCUUGCACUACGCAGCAUUCACAGGGAACGUUGAAGCUACUCAACUACUGAUGGAAUCUGAUAGUUCUGCUUCUUAUAUCAUGGACUUAUCAUCGAAAAUGUCAGCUCUCCAUGUUGCAGCCUAUGCAGGCCACACCAAAGUCAUGGAAGAGUUAAUUCGAUAUCAACCUGAUACUUGCGAUUUGGUUAAUUCAAAGGGCCAAACGGUUCUUCAUUCUGCAAUUUUAGGUGGACAAGGCAAGGUGGUUAACUACAUAUUAAGGACGCCUAAACUUACGGGACUUAUUAAUGAAGCUGAUGAAGACGGAAACACUCCUUUGCAUAUCGCUGUUAAGUACAAGAAAGUAGAAAUUAUCUCCAUUUUGACAGCUGACCGUAGAGUGGACAAGGAUGCUGUCAAUAAAAAGGUCUCAAAAGCCAUUGAUAUUUUUCUUGGUCAAAAUAGUGAAGAACAGGGAACUAUUGACAGUCCGGUUUUGCACCAGUUGGGGUCCUGCGUAGGUGGUCCAUUUUUCCAACAAAAAAUCAGCAAUGAUUUCAACAAACCGGAAACUUCAGAGAAGGAUACGCCCGGCACAUCGGCCAUUGAACACAAGAGGCAAAGCCUGCAAUCUACUUCCAAUCAGGCCUUGAAAAGACUAGAUACCAAACUAGUGGUGACGACGCUUAUCGCAACCGUCACUUUUGCAGCAGCUGUAACCCCUCCGGGUGGAUUUAAAAGCGACGGAAAGUCAGUUCUGUCGGAAGAUACAUUUUUCAAAGUAUUUCAGCUUUUCAACCAGGUAACCUUUAUGCUCGCAAUUAUUGCAAUCUAUAACGAAUCAAAUCCAAUACGUAUCUCGUCAAUCGAAAUAGCCACACCUGAAAGUCUCAUUCGGUAUUCCAUCGGAGGGUUGCUGGUAGCAUUUUUCUCGGCCACGAUGGCAGUGAUGCCCGAACGCCGCAGAAUGCUUUCACUUAGAACAAAACCCUUUACAGGUCAACCUCCGUUUGAUGUUGUUCUCAAUGUAAUUGGUGGGUUCGCGGUGGCACUUGUUUCGAUGCACGUGAUUUGGACUAUGCAUCGAAAAUUGAGGAGAAACAACCGGCCAGGCUGUCAACCGUGUAACUUGUAAGUCGUUUUGGUUUUUUUGUUUUUGUUUUCUGAUUAGUUUUAUUAAGUGUUUCCUACUAGUUUUCGGAACACUAGCAUCUCCGGACGCACUUUUGUGCCUACAAGAAGCUUUUAUGUUUAUUUUUA